UUAAAAUUCAUUUGCAUAAAAUAAAAAUAUUUAGCGUAACAUUGUUAUAGAAAACCAUCGGAAAAUGGAGCCAAGCACUAGUAAGAAAAAUGUUUUACAAAAUACGGGAAAAUUUACUAGCGAUACAAGAGGAGAAGGCGAUGAUUUUUUUAAUGAGGCUGGCUACAAGCAAUCUCGGGAAAAUGAUAAAAUUGAUGCAAAAUACGGCUUUGAUCGUGUUAAAGAUACUUUGGAGCGCACCGGUUAUCUUAUCAAUAUGCAUAGAACUGAAGUUUUGGAUGAAGAUCGCCGUUUAGUAGCUGCAUUGGAUUUAUUCUUUAUACAAAUGGACGGUUCGCGUUUCAAAUGUACUGUGUGUUAUAAACCCUAUCUAUUGGUUAAAGCUAGUGAAAAUCAAACUGUAGAAUUGGCUAGAUUUCUUAGUCGUAGAUAUUCGGGACAAUUGGCUGGUGUGGAACAUAUAUACAAAGAAGAUUUAGAUUUGGCCAAUCAUUUAUCGGGUAUUAAACAAGAAUACUUAAAAUUGUCUUUUCUCAAUCAAACUGCUAUGACCAAAGUUAGGCGCGAACUAAUGGCAGCUGUUCGUAAAAAUAUCGAACGUGAGAAAUCCAAUACAUUUUACAUGCAAAUGUUGGCCACAUCUUUGGCCGCGAACGCAUUAUCGGAGGACGAUGUUGCUGGGGAUAUCAAAAAACAAUUGGAUUUUAUGGACUCCAUUAUGGAUAUACGUGAACAUGAUGUCCCAUAUCAUGUACGAGUUUCAAUAGAUUUGCGUAUAUUCUGCGGUUUAUGGUAUAAUAUACGUUGUCGUAGCGGUGGAAUGGAAAUGCCAAUAAUUACUCCCCGGCCUGAUAUCCUUGAACGACCAGAACCAGUGGUUUUCGCUUUCGAUAUUGAAACCACUAAACUGCCAUUAAAAUUUCCCGAUGCACAAAGUGAUCAGAUAAUGAUGAUUUCUUAUAUGAUCGAUGGCCAAGGUUAUCUAAUAACGAAUCGAGAAAUUAUAUCGUCGGAUGUAAAUGAUUUUGAAUAUACACCUAAACCGGAAUUUGAAGGGAAUUUUAUCGUAUUUAAUGAGACAAAUGAAAUGCAAUUAUUACAGAAAUUUUUCGAUCACAUAAUGGAGGUACGACCUCAUAUUAUUGUGACAUAUAAUGGAGAUUUCUUUGAUUGGCCUUUUGUUGAAGCUAGAGCCGCCGUUUACGAUCUGGAUAUGAAGCAAGAAAUCGGUUUUUCAAAGUUACGCGAUGGCAAUUAUUUAAGUCGUCCUAGUAUUCAUAUGGAUUGCCUCUGUUGGGUUAAACGCGAUUCAUAUUUGCCGGUGGGUUCCCAAGGCCUUAAAGCGGUAGCUAAGGCCAAGUUACGUUACGAUCCUGUUGAAUUAGAUCCCGAAGAUAUGUGCAAAAUGGCUGUCGAACAGCCUCAAGUGCUUGCCAAUUAUUCAGUAUCCGAUGCCGUGGCCACCUAUUAUCUUUACAUGAAGUAUGUUCAUCCUUUUAUAUUUGCUUUGAAUACAAUUAUCCCAAUGGAGCCGGAUGAAAUAUUGCGUAAAGGUUCCGGCACACUUUGCGAAACAUUGCUCAUGGUGCAAGCAUAUCACGCGAAUAUAGUGUAUCCAAAUAAAGAACAAACCCAAUUGAACAAAUUAUCUAAUGAAGGUCAUGUUUUGGAUUCGGAAACUUAUGUUGGUGGCCAUGUAGAAGCCUUAGAGUCGGGGAUAUUUCGUGCUGACAUUCCGUGCCGCUUUCGUUUAGAUCCGAAUAUGGUUAGCGAGUUGACACAGAACGUGGAAAAAGUCUUGAAACAUGCGAUUGAAGUAGAAGAAGGCAUUGCUUUGGAAAUGGUCACUAAUCUAAAGGAAGUUAAAGACGAAAUUUGUACAGCACUAAAUAGUUUACAUGACAUACCUAAUCGUUUAGAGCAGCCAGUAAUUUAUCAUUUGGAUGUAGGCGCCAUGUACCCGAAUAUUAUUCUAACUAAUCGACUGCAGCCAUCGGCUAUGGUUAAUGAGACUGAUUGUGCUGCCUGUGAUUUUAAUAAGCCGGGAGCGAGAUGUAAACGCAGUAUGGAAUGGUUAUGGCGCGGUGAAAUGUUGCCGGCUAGCAGAAAUGAAUUUCAAAGAAUUCAACAACAGCUUGAAACUGAAAAGUUUCCAUCUUUAUUCCCAGGUGGACCAAUUAGAGCUUUUCACGAACUUUCCAAAGAAGAUCAGGCCGCUUAUGAAAAGAAACGUUUAACUGAUUACUGUCGCAAGGCUUACAAAAAAGUAAAAAUUACAAAACUGGAGACGCGAACCUCCACGAUAUGCCAAAAGGAGAACAGUUUCUAUGUGGAUACAGUGAGAGCUUUUCGGGAUAGGCGUUAUGAAUACAAAGGCCUUACGAAAGUGGCGAAAGCGGCUGUCGGUGCUGCUUUAGCGUCAGGUGAUGCUGCCGAAAUCAAAGCAGCUAAGGGCCGAGAAGUACUUUAUGAUUCGUUGCAGUUAGCACAUAAAUGCAUUUUAAAUUCUUUCUAUGGUUAUGUAAUGCGUCGGGGCGCUCGCUGGCAUUCUAUGCCUAUGGCUGGUAUUGUCUGCCUUACCGGUUCUAAUAUUAUCACAAAAGCUCGGGAAAUUAUAGAACGCGUAGGCCGCCCAUUAGAAUUGGAUACCGAUGGUAUUUGGUGUAUAUUGCCUGCCUCGUUUCCGCAAGAGUUUACUGUUCAUACCAAAGACGAAAAGAAGAAGAAAAUUAAUAUAUCAUAUCCUAAUGCGGUAUUAAAUACUAUGGUUAAAGAUCAUUUCACUAAUGAUCAAUAUCAUGAGUUGGUUAAGGCUGAUCACGGGGCAACAGGGCUACCCGACUAUACAAUUAGAGAAGAGAAUUCCAUUUUCUUUGAAGUUGAUGGGCCUUAUUUAGCCAUGGUCUUACCAGCUGCCAAGGAAGAAGGUAAAAAGUUGAAAAAACGAUAUGCGGUUUUUAAUUUCGAUGGUUCGCUGGCUGAGUUGAAAGGUUUUGAAGUUAAACGUCGCGGAGAAUUACAGUUAAUCAAAAAUUUUCAGAGUUCGGUGUUUGAAGCCUUCUUAGCUGGCAGCACAUUAGAAGAAUGCUAUGCUUCUGUAGCUAAAGUCGCGGAUUAUUGGUUGGAUGUUUUAUAUAGUCGAGGUUUAAAUUUGCCAGACUCGGAACUUUUCGAGUUAAUCGCUGAAAACAAAUCAAUGUCGAAAAAAUUGGAAGAAUAUGGUGCUCAAAAAAGUACUUCCAUCUCAACAGCUAAACGAUUGGCAGAAUUUUUGGGUGAGCAAAUGGUUAAAGAUGCUGGUUUAGCAUGUAAAUAUAUUAUAUCAAAGAAACCUGAAGGUGCUCCAGUUACCGAGCGGGCCAUUCCCUUAGCCAUAUUUCAAUCCGAGCCGAGCGUGAGACGCUAUCAUUUGCGCAAAUGGCUAAGGGAUAAUAGUAUGGGCGAUGCGGAUAUUCGCGAUGUUUUAGAUUGGAAUUAUUAUAUUGAGCGUUUGGGAGGAGCCAUACAAAAAAUCAUUACUAUACCAGCUGCUCUUCAAGGUCUAUCGAAUCCAGUACCACGCAUACAGCAUCCCGAUUGGUUGCAUAAAAGAAUUAUGGAAAAAAACGAUGUUCUUAAACAGCGACGGAUUAAUGAACUGUUUGUAACAAAACCCAAACCUAAGCCGACCUUUACUGAAAAUUCUGGAAUGCAUUCAGAAAACGUUCAAGAUAUUGAAGAUUUAAUGGACGCAGCGGAUAUUGUCGAUAAUCGUCCCAGGGUAACCAAGCGUGGUCGAGAGAGCAAUGACGAAGAAAGUGUAGUAGAUGCAAAUGCCGAAAUAAAUACUUGGCGUCGUGCCUUAGGUCCUCCUCCGCCUAUAGGUAACACUCGUGCUGAAAUUGUAGAAUGGGUUCGCUUUCAUAAGAAGAAAUGGGCUUGGCAGUUCGAGAGACGCGAUCGUUAUCAUCAACAAAAUAAAAAAUCUCGCAGUAAUCAUUCGUCUUCCAAUCCUAAUAAUGUUCAAAUGCGUGCACAAGAUAUUACCGCUACAGCCACUUUGGGUGGUUUUCUGCGCAGGACGCAACGCGUGCUAUUGGAUCAGAUAUGGCAGGUCUUGCAACUUGUACCUGUAGAUGAUUUCGGACACUUUACCGUGUGGGCCAUGAUUGGCAAGGAACUGCAUAAAAUCAAGCUUACCGUACCGCGGAUAUUUUACGUUAAUCAGCGUACCUUAGCUGCACCUCAAGAGGGACAAAUGUGGAAGAAGGUGAACAGAGUUUUACCACGUUCUCGACCGGUUUACAAUCUCUAUCGAUACAGUCUUCCCGAGCAAGUGUUUAAAGAUAAUUGUUUGGGAAUGUUAGCCGAUUUAGCUACGCCGGACAUCGAAGGCAUAUAUGAAACACAAAUGACUUUAGAGUUUCGAGCUCUUAUGGAUAUGGGUUGCAUGUGUGCUGUACAAAGAGACGAAGCAAAACGGUUAGCAAGUUUAGCUACGAAAGACUUGGAGAGCUUCUCUAUAGAGCAGUUGGAACAUCGUUCGCAAGCGUAUGUGAAGUAUCUGCAAGAUUCGCAAAGUGUAUUACGUAAAAUUUUCCUUUAUCAGCAUAAUAGCGCCGCGUCCAAAAAACAAAUUUGGUCCCUUUUCUUAAUGGCUAGUAAAAAGACUAUCAUUAUUGCUUUAGAUACGGUGAGAGCGAAUCAAAUGCCAAAUAUGAAAAACCUAUAUACCGCUGAACGAUCGGCUGUGAUUAAAGACUUGCAAAAUGAAGAUGAUUCAAAAAAAAUUCCUGCCGAAGAUUAUACUUUCGAGAUUUUUAUAGAGGUGGAUGUUAAACAAGUGCAUCGUCAUAUACAACGAGCGCUGACGACUUACAAAGAAGAAAAACGUGGUCCAACCUUACUUUGUAUGCAAACAGCGAUAGAAGGACGUAAAUUAAGUUCACAAAUUCCCCUACUCCUUGAUUUCCCACAAUCUCAAAUUCAUAUAGCUGAUGACGCUUCUCUAUUGUCUGGACUAGAUUGGCAACGUCAAGGUGCUCGCGCUUCUAUGCGGCAUUUUUUAAAUCUCAAUACUGUCGUAGAGUUAAUGUUGGAUCAAUGUCGAUAUUUUCAUGUUCCCAUUGGCAACAUGCCGCCCGAUACUGUGCUUUUCGGAGCCGAUUUGUUUUUUGCUCGUCUACUGCAAAAGCAUAAUUUUGUCUUGUGGUGGUCGCCAACGACUAGACCAGAUCUCGGAGGUAGAGAAGCCGAUGAUAGCAGACUUCUCGCCGAAUUCGAGGACAGUGUUACGGUAGUGCAAAAUCAUGCCGGCUUUUAUCCUAAUGUUUGCAUAGAAUUGGCUUUAGAUAGUUUGGCAGUAAGUGCCUUAUUGCAAUCCACUAAAAUUCAAGAAUUGGAAGGAGCUUCUUCAGCUAUUACAUUUGAUGUGAUACCCCAAGCUUCGCUAGAAGAAAUGAUUGGUACAGUACCUGCAGCCACAUUGCCGAGUUAUGAUGAAACUGCUCUUUGCUCAGCUGCUUUUCGCAUAAUGCGUUUAAUGGUUAACGGUUGGCUUAGAGAGGUGUCUAUCAAUCGUAACAUAUUUUCAGAUUUCCAAAUUGUUCAUUUCUAUCGAUGGGUUCGCUCUAGCAGCGCUUUAUUAUAUGAUCCAGCCCUUAGAAGAUCAUUAAAUAAUUUAAUGCGUAAAAUGUUUUUACGUAUAGUAGCCGAGUUUAAGCGUCUCGGCGCUACCAUAAUUUAUGCAGAUUUUAAUCGUAUCGUACUUAGCUCGGGUAAGAAGACGGUAGCCGAUGCUAUAAGCUAUGUAGAUUACAUAGUCCAAUCGUUGCGCAAUAAGGAAAUAUUUCAUUCUAUUCAAUUAUCGUUCGAGCAAUGUUGGGAUUUCAUGCUAUGGUUAGAUCAUGCUAAUUACUCGGGUAUAAGAGGGCGUUUGCCUAAAGGUAUCGAUGAAACCACUCUAGGGGAUGUAACAGCUGCCGCUUUGGCCGCUCAAAAUGAGAAAGAAAACCAAAAUGUGGACAAUGAAAACGAAGACGAUGAUAAUGAUGGCGACGAUGUUGAAGAGAUCGCCACGAGAGACGAAAUCGAUAUAGUAGCUGACGACGAAGAAGAACAAUUAUCACUCGAACUUAAUUGGACAAUAAGUGAAUCGUUGCCCGAAGAAAAUCAAUGCCGUGAAAAGUUCGAGGCGCUAAUCACUUUGUUUAUGCAUUCGUUGGCUGAACGUAAAACGACUAAAGAAGCUAUUAAAGGCCUAUCGCAUUCUGCUUUUGAUUUCGUCAUAAGACUUCAUACAAAUUACGGUAAAGGCAAACCAAGUCCUGGCUUGGAUCUUAUACGUGCUAUUGUAAAAGUGUUAAGUGUUGAUAAAGGACUGGCGGAAGAGACCAACGAAUUGCGUCGGAAUAUGUUGCGUUUGGUCGGCAUUGGAGAGUUUUCCGACUUAGCCGAAUGGAAAGAUCCUUAUCAGAGUUACACCAUUGCCGAAGUAAUAUGCAAAGCCUGCAAUCAUUGCCGGGACGUGGAUUUAUGUAAGGACAAACACCGUGCCAUGAAAGAUGGAACACCUGUUUGGUUAUGUGCCCAAUGUUACGUAGCGUACGACAAUGAAGACAUCGAGAUACGUAUAAUUGAUGUGAUGCAAAGAAAGCUUAUGUCCUAUGUAUUGCAGGAUUUGCGUUGCAUGCGUUGCAACGAAAUUAAACGCGAAAACUUGGCACAGUUUUGUACGUGCGCUGGAGAGUUUGCGCCUUUAAUUUCAAGCAAAGAAAUUGACACUUUGCUGCAAACUUUCCAUCGAAUAGCAGAAUAUCACAAAAUGGAUUUAUUGAAUGAAACAGUACAACAAAUUAUUUCAACACAUUAAGCAUAUUGAUAGAAAUGCAGUU